AUGGCUCUGGGCUUGGGCACUGAGAGCUGCAACAAACAACUCUCCGAGCACGACACCAGCACCAAAGGCCUCACUCGACACUCCAAACCUCGCAAACUCACUCAGCUGGAGUGUGGGUACGAGCUGGCCAGAGACAGCAAAAUGUACAAUGGAGCGGUAUCAGUGGAAGAGAAUGAGGAUGUUCCACUACUGUAUACUUGGGAGCAGAUUAUGAGGGCUGGAAGUACUGACAUAACCAUGAUAGAAGACAAAGGUCCACGAGUGGCUGACUAUUUUGUAGUGGCAGGGCUCACCGAUACAGACACUGCAACCCUCCUGGACCAAGAAAUAAGCCGACAUGAAACAAAGUCAACUGUUCCAAAGGCUCCAAUUACUGACAUUGCUGUGAUAAUUAAAUCAGCUGGUGAAACUGUCCCAGAGGGAUACACCUGUGUUGAAGCCACCCCUACAGCCCUUCAAGCCAACUUAAACUAUGGAAGUCUAAAGAGUCCUGAACUUUUUCUUUGCUACAAGAGAGGCCGGGACAAACCACCUCUUACUGACAUCGGAGUUCUAUAUGAAGGGAAGGAACGUAUCAUUUCAGGCUGCGAGGUGAUUCAAGCCACUCCUUAUGGUCGUUGCGCUAAUGUUAACAACAGUUCAGCUUCUUCUCAACGGAUCUUUAUCACAUAUCGAAGGGCUCCUCCAAUACGACCUCAAAACUCAUUGGCAGUGACGGAUAUCUGUGUUAUUGUUACCAGCAAAGGAGAAACCCCUCCUCAUACCUUCUGCAAAGUUGAUAAGAAUUUAAAUUGUG